AAAUUUAUUUCAAUUUUUAUUAUUAGGAAGUGUCUCCCGUUUAUUGACAAACCCUAACUCCCUUCCAGACAGAAAAACCCCCCACUCUUCAAUCCCCCAAAUCGAUUUCGUAAACCCUAGCGGAUCGGAUCGGAGCGGAGAGGAAUUAGGGUUUUCUGUAGGGAUAAAAUGGGGAAGAAGAAGAAGAGAGCGACCGAUAAAGUAUGGUGUUAUUACUGUGACAGGGAGUUUGAUGAUGAGAAGAUUUUGGUUCAACAUCAAAAGGCUAAACACUUCAAAUGCCAUGUUUGUCAUAAGAAGCUUUCCACUGCUGGUGGUAUGGCCAUUCACGUUCUUCAGGUUCACAAAGAAACCGUCACCAAGGUACCGAAUGCCAAAUCUGGUAGAGAGUCAACAGAUAUUGAAGUAUAUGGAAUGCAAGGAAUCCCAGCCGAUGUCUUAGCAGCUCACUAUGGAGAGGAAGAUGAUGAGUCCCCAGCAAAAACUGCCAAAGUGGACAUCCCGUCAUCCCAGUAUCUUGGUGGUGCAAUUCCAGGAUAUCCUCCCCGGGCAGCUUUUGGUGCAGUGCCACCACUCUAUAAUCCUGCUGUGCCUAUGCCUCCUGCUGGUUGGCCAGUCCCUCCUCGCCACCCACCUUGGUAUCCACAGUAUCCUGCUGGCUCAGUUCCACCUGCUGCACCGAUGGGUCUACCGCAACAACCAUUGUUUCCUGUGCAAAAUGUAAGGCCUCCAAUGCCAGCCACUGCACCACCAACGCUUGUUGCUCCUCCGGGGCUCCCAACAUCUACCCCACCUGUUUCCGUGUCUCAGCCCUUGUUUCCUGUUGUUCCUAAUAACAACAACCUUGCCCAAAGUUCGCCAUUUUCAGCGCCGAUGCUGUCAACAGGUGUGCCAUUGAGCUCUGCAGCUGAAGCAAAGAGCUUAAUUGACCCAAACACGGGCAGCAACACUCCUGCCACCAUUGGCUAUCAGAUUUCAGCGCCAAUGCCAGUAAAUUCACAUUCUUAUGCAUCUGGCCCAAAUACUGGUGGGCCCUCAUAUGGUCCACCACCUGUUAUUUCAAACAAAGCUCCAGCUAACCAACCAGCAACAAAUGAGGUCUACUUAGUUUGGGAUGAUGAGGCAAUGUCCAUGGAGGAAAGAAGAAUGUCCUUACCAAAGUAUCAGGUGCAUGAUGAGACUAGCCAGGUAAGUUAUAAUUACCUAAUACUAGUAUUCGUUCGUAUGGACAUGGACUUGUGUUGUACAUUUAUCCAACAGAUGGUUGGUGUUAGUUUCAUAUCUCGGAUCCACUUGUUUACUAUUCUUUCGUAUUCAUAAAGCAAAUUUGUAAGUCUUUCCAUUCUCAUUCAUCUUCUUGGAAAUAGCUAGUGCUCUUGGAUGAGUAUAUGAUAAUCACUCAAUUAUAGUGUAUUUUCAACCCCAUUAAUUAAUGGGCGUCUUUUAUCUUCUUUUGGCCAUUCUCCGGUUGGCAAGCAAUCCCAACAAUUUUGUGGUCAUCAAAGAUUCAAGUAGGUAUCUUUAUCAUCUUUUGCUGGUAGUUAAGUAAUGACGUUUCUGACUACUAUGCUGCCAUCCACUCAAGGAAUCUCAACAGAGUGCAUGUAUUAGUUCUUGGAAAUUUCCAUGUUCUCCUUGAGCUUUACUUUGACCUUGAAAGACCCAACAGAUGUUUGCGAAUUACUGUGAUUAUUUAUAGAUAUUUGUGGUCGAACAGUGGUUCAAAUUUGGCCCAGGUCAGAAUCUAUUGUCAUUGAAGCAGGCUAUGAUUUUGACUCAUACAUCAUGCUGAUUACCUAACCUUUUCACGUUUCUGUCCUAAUAAAAUUUCCUGUCUGUGUUUCCUUCUUUCAGAUGACGUCAAUAGAUGCGGCAAUAGACAGAAGAAUAUCAGAAAGCAGACUUGCAGGGCGCAUGGCUUUCUAGACCUGGUCGUUUUUCUCUGUUUGGCUGGGUGCUCUCUCACCGUAGGAAAUUGUUUAACUGGAACAAACUUCUACUUCAAAAAGAUUUGCAUGUUGUUCUGGAUUCAUAGGGUGGUUUAGAUGUUGUAAUUCUUUAGGACAAGUAUUUAUGAGAAGCAUUCAUUUUGCAGAGUCAGAUAGGAAUACGCAAAUGAUGCAGAUUUGUUGUUUUCGUACAGCAUCAUUGCGGUUGCGAGUUAGUCAUACAUCGAUGUGAUUUAGCUGGCAUAUCUAACCUGUGGUGCAAUUUGCUUCCAGGCAGUAAAAUGCCUUUUGCCGAUU